AUGGAUCACAAGUUUUUGGCAAAGUUAAUGAAGUUCUCAAGAACAAAAAAUGCUAGGGAGGAAGAGUCCAAAAGAGUAAAAGAAGUAACUCUUAUUGUGAAGAAGACCGAAGAUCCUCCUCAAAUUAAACCACCAACACUCAAAGAAAUCAUGGCUACACAUGGAAUUACUCGUGAUCCCUCUCCGUUGCUCUAUUUCUCUCAAAUCCACCAAGCUCCACCUCCUCAAGGACCUCAACCAAUUACUGCUUACGUGGUUUUUCAAUUUCUCAGGAGGGAGCUGAAUGUCGAUGGGUUUGGACCCGAUAACCUCGAGUAA